AUGGAUUUAACUGUUCGAAAAAGCCAUGAACUUAUUGAUGAAGAUGUUUAUGUUAAUGUGUAUCAAGAUAUAAAAGCGAACCAUGGCCGAGAACUUGUGAAGGUGAUCGAAAUGCACUCUCUAAUGACUUAUCGGUUGUAGAAGUGGACGGAACGAACAGACCCUCAGAAAUAUGUAUUUGAAGAUUGUGGGAUUGCAUCUUAUCUUAUAGUAAGUUUGUUAUCCGCUUUCUUUGGUCGUCCUACGAGGACUUCAAACUGUUCUGUCUUUAGUGUCUACAACGUGCGUUGAACCUUGAAAUCAAAUGUUUUGUGGAUAUUGGAUGUGGAAACGGACUUUUGACUUAUUUGUUAUCCAUUAUGGGUUGGAAUGGAUGUGGGAUUGAUGCGAGGACAAGGAAGAUAUGGGGGAUGUUUAAGGAGCGAUGUAAUCUGAUCCAAAAGAGUCUUGAUCCAUCGGAAAAGGAGGUCAGCACACUACCGGUUGAAGCGGACUUUUUGAUUGGCAAUCAUUCAGAUGAACUUACACCGUGGAUACCCAUUAUGGCUGCCAGGUGAGGCUUUGUAGUUUUGUCUUAACUUUAGGUAACAAUUAAUAUCUUCCGGACUGGCAUUGUAGAUUGAGGUCACUAGAAGGUGAUCUUUUUUAAAUACCAUCCAAAAUUAUUUAAAAUGUUGUUUCCUUUCGCUAAGAACAACUUUUUUCCAGGAAACGUUGCAAUUUCUUCCUCCUGCCAUGUUGCCCGCAUGACUUUUACACUAAAUUCUCUUCGAAUCCAGCAAAUCCAAAGCAUGGAGGAAAUGGGAUUGGGACUUAUGGCCAAUAUCUGAAUUACGUCCAUUCAAUCAUUCAAAGGCUCGGGUUUGACGUCAAAAUUGAUCGAUUAAAGAUAUCGAGUACUAAAAAAGUAAGCAGAAGACGUGCUUUCUCUAUAUUUAUGUUUAGAUUUGCUUUGUUGGUACUGUCCCAAGUCUUGGAUUGGCCGAAAAUCUGGAUGCAGUGAUCUUAGAACUCUUGGAAAAGGCAAAUAAAUUAAGGCCAACUUUUAAACCAAUAGCCAGCAAAGCGGAAGUUCGAAACUGCACCAAAUUAGAUUAUGAUUUCAAACAAAAACUGUCGAAGAAAUUGGCGGAGAUCAUCAUCAGUAAAAAUGAAGGGCAAGAUCAUAUUAUUGUUGUAAAUGUUGUUUUUAGAACGUCCAAUAACUCCGUGCCAUUGAAUGAAUUGGUCCCGUAUUUAACAGAGGAUGAAAAGACCCAACUCAAAUCCCAAUGUGGUGGAAUUCAGACCUUCCUCAAGAACUUUCAUCAAGCUUUUGAAGUCCGAAAAGGCAACGUUAAGAUCCGCGACUGGCUCAGCGAACGUUCGAAGUUCGAUAAGCCCGACAAAAAGAAGCUCUCCAAAUGCUGGUUUGACCAUGUGCAUCCAAAUGGCUGCCCUUUGAUUAGCAUGAAUUGCCCAUUUAGGCACAGAGAUGAAGGUGGAUAA